UUUUCUUGAAAUCUUGGUUUACAUACUUGAGUUUGAGGCAAAGGUGUGUUUUUUGUCUUGGUGGAUCUUACAAAGACGCAAUACACAUGAAUUCAACGUCUUUCCAGAAACGUAACUACAUUCAAUAUGAAUCAUCAGUUAUCUUCUCUUGACUACUCCCGCUUUUUUUCCUUAUAAUCAUUAUAAUGCUGAGUAGUACAAUUAAAUAGCUUUCAAGGCUGUCGAGUUUAUAAUGCGCGAUAAUUAUUAUUAAAUGUAGAAGGUAAAAAUCAGAUAUUUGUGUUUGCUGCAAACAAACUUACAACCUAUAAGAUCCGCUCUCAGUAUGCUCUCUUCAAAUGAACGAGGAAAUUAGAGAGAUUUAAAGUCACGUUUACGGUAAACGGCAAAAGCGGAUUUUUGCCACGUGACCAAGUUUUCACUCUACAUGUACUUGUCUUUAACUGUUCUUUUCUUCUACAAAAAAUGAGUAGUUUCACGUGACUUGCAGCCAAAAGAAUUGUUUUAGAGUAUUUCUAUCUGCUCAUUUUCUAUUUUGAGAAAUUCUCAACUCCAGUCUGCCCUUUGCCGUAAAAGUGCCUCCAAAUCUCUCUAUUGUAUGAACGUGUCUGCGCCAUAUUGGGUAAAUAGGUAGGCCCUUUAGCUGCAAUAAACUAUCUAGCUGUCUGUCUAAAUUCUGUAUGAAUCUUCAGUGGAACUUUUCAAUGGAAACCUCACGAGAAAUAGAUGGUAUAGUAAACACCUCUCGUAUUUGUCUUCCUGUUUCCCGUGUUAGGGUGAAGAGUCAGACGAAAGCACAUCGUCUUGUCCGCCGCCAGCCAUCCACGGUGUCAAAACCAUCACCUCAGGCCAGAGUAUUCAAGAAUACUUUGAGAAAAAGAUGAAAGAAUUAAAGGCCGCGAGGGAGGGUAAGGCAGCGGGACAAGAGAUGAACAAAACGGAACAAGCAUCUGCAGAUGAAAUUCAGGGGAAUAAUUCGGCGAAUCCAGAAAACUGUGGGAAAGAAUCGAAGUUAAGGAAAAAGAAGGAGAAGAGACGAAAGAGGAAAUUUUCAACGGAGAAUCCUGAGCCGCAAAGCGAGGAAGUUAGUACAGAGGUUGAUAAAGAUGAGCGCUCCGCAAAGAAAAAGAAGAAAAACGAGGAUUUGGACGUAAAACUCGAAGAAAGCGAGAAUGUAGUCCAGGAAGCACGAAAAGUGGAGAAGAAGAACCGGAAAAGAAAGGAAAAGAAUGCUAAAAUGACAGACUUUGAGAUUUGCGACGUUGAUGUAAUUCAAAGUGACAGCAGAGAGUGUUCGACAAUGAAGGAUGUGAAACCUAUAAAGGAAAAAGACAAGAGCUGUAAGAACAAGGACGAGAAUAUAUCUCGUGUAGAGAAAAGCGCGAUAAAAGACAAGAAGGUUAAAUUGGAAAAGCGAAAAGACAUUAGUGAGGAAGAAGAACGUAAAAACAAUGACGGAAAGAAAGGGAAAAAGGAUAAAAGUUGUAUUUCUCAUGACUUGGCCAAUGUUGAAUUUGUGGCAAAAAAGGAUCGAAAGAAAAAGAAGAAAAAAGACAAAUCUAAAGAGGGCAAGAAACGUGCAUAA